CCGGCCUUCACUUCUCUCAGUGCGUAUUCAGAACUAUUACUGUAUUCUCAUUGAUCCCCCUGGAGUUGUAAAAAACCCAUAAAGGCAAAAUAUUAUAUUUUCAUCGGCAGCACAUGUGCAUUAAUUACAUCAUCAUAAAUUAAGUACAUCAGGGUCCAUGAUCAGAAAAAGCGUAUACCCAUUAAACCUCGCCAGAUGGGGCUUGUCCCAAAAUAAAAAUUUUAUUUUUGUCUCGUUUCGAAAUUUCAUUUUUAUUUUGGCUGCUAUAUGCUUCAAGCACAUAUUUGCUUACUGUAUAUAGUUUGCCUAUGCAUUUUACUCAUUAUAUAUAUAUUUUUUUAUAUAUUGUAUUUCUCCAGUCACUACAUAUACGAUUGUCACUUGUAUUAUGAUCAUGUCUCAAGCAUUGUAAAUUUGUUUUGUAUAUUAUUCCAAUAAAUGCAAAAAAAUCCUGCAAAAAAAGCCACAUCACCACAUAGUUGAACCAUUCCAACUAUUUAUACGAUCAAUACGAUCGCCUCGACUGAUCUGAUACGAUUAAUUAUUCCGCGAUUAUAAUUAAGGCCCUUGGAACCGGGGGUGCAAAGCACCCCCAAGAUUUUACAAUGGGGUGCGGCGUGCAUUAUUUUCCAUGUAGGCAGCUCCCCCUGGGAUUCUGGUAUAGGUGUCGAAUUUGAUAAAUGUAGGAAAAUUACCAACAUUUUGUAUUGGAACCUUUUUUAAUGUUUUUCUUUUGCUUUGUCAAAUUUUCCUCAGCACCGCCACCAAAAAAAAAAAUCGUGACAGUGUGAACUUGGCACUUUUUUUUCAAUCAUAAAAAAUGAUUAUAUUAUUUUCCCGCAUGAGUUUUGAAAUAUUGACACGUACGCCAGAAUCUCUUUGGUCCUAAUAUGAAGCAUAAAUUUCCACGUCUAUAAAACAACAGUUAUCAUUCGUUUUUCCUAUAGUUAUAGCAGGGAAAUGGGAGUUACAAUUCCAUUGAUAAAUAAGUCUAAAAUGUUAUGCCAAUCAAGAUGCAAGUCCCGGAUGCAAGUAAUGUCUUUGUCCUGCUCAUGUUGCAGUCAUUCACAUUUUUUCAACGGUUGAACUGCUCGUGCACACUCUGUAUGCGUAUAGGCCUUUCCCGGAGGCCUUUCUUCCUCUCAUUUGUUAUAAAAUUUCAUCUUUUUAUCAAUUCUUUCUACUUGUUUACUGUCUAUGAAGGGGUAGCAAGUUGAUCUCCCAUGGGGUGCCCCUAUCUAUUGCUGCAUCAUUUGUAUCCAUUUCUCUUUGACCAUCCAUUUCUUGGGAAAAUACAUCAAUUGGAUGAUCCAUUUAUAUAUGCCUAUCCAUCAAUUCUUUCAGUCAUCCAUCCACCGGUCGUGCUGAUGGUUUGAUUAUAGCAUGGACGUAAUAGGUCCAUGAUUGUAUAAAGUAUAAAGCGCCCUACUAUAUCAUUAUAGGCUACCCCCACCCCCUCCCCAUACUACAUAAAAACUCGGCGACCCAUGUACACAUUUCAAAGCAGACGUAAUGUACAUGCACAAUUCCCUUGUACAUGUUGCACCUUGCUGCUUCUCCAGGUUUGCUUAGUCUUCUUUCACAUACGUUGUUGCACUUUGCCCCACGGCGUGCCUUGUAAAGUUCUGUUGUAAGACUCUACAUGCUGGUCGGCCCUGGAAAUCACAACUCUGAAGCACGUGCACCGCGCAAUACUCAACUUCUCAUUUUUCCAUAUCUCGAUGCAAGCUUUCUUGUGUGGAUGCAAAAAUAAGAGUUUUCCCAGAAAUCUUGUCCCUGACGUCAUGUCUGCCCCCCCUCAUUUUUUGACUCAUGACGCCUUUACUCUGCUUGUUCGACCUUGAGCCGUUGGUCCCCUGGUUGCUUGCUCACAGGCAUUCGUGCUUUCUUAGCAGUCAGGUAAAAACCUCGGCACAGAAAUAACAGAAAUUAGCAACUUGAUGCGUACGUUGGUCACAUUCAUGCUAUCACGGUCUACACAAUGUAGACUACACGUACGUACUUCGCAUCAACAGGUUUCUCAGCUCACCUUUUGACCUCGCGAGUUCAAUCUAAACAAACGAAGAGUAGUCAAGUGUUGCAUUGGGAUUGUAUCUUCGUUAUGUUUUACUACAGGCCUAUAUUUAACCCCGCAUUGGGGUUGCAUCUUCAUUAUGUUUUACUAUAGGCCUAUAUUUAACCCCGCAUUGGGGUUGCAUAUUCGUUAUGUUUUACUAUAGGCAUAUAUGAUUGCAUCUUCGUUAUGUUUUACUAUAGGCCUAUAUUUAACCCCGUAUUAAACAAACCCUGUUUUAUAUCGUAGAACCUGCUCUGAAAGUAAUCGUUUUUCUCUUCGCCCUUUCCCUUCAUGCUUGGCUGUAGACAGAAUGGUGGUGGCCGUCUGUUUAGAGUUUUAAAUAUUUUUGGGCUAACUUUUUUUUCCAAUUUCUCCUCUGUACUUUGCGAGUGGAUCUAAAUAAUCUGAAACUGACUGAAACAUUCAGGAAAGAUAAAAAAAACACCAAAAUAUCAAAUUAGGGUAUGUUGUAUCCAUAUCCCUUUAUGAUGGCUCUCCUGAUUCUCUUUCACCAAUCCACUUCUUUCUUUCUUCUCUCUCCUCCCUCCCCCUUUCCUUUGGGGAGGGCCAAGGAGUCAGUAUACAGAGUAUACAUACAGUGAGCUGCGCUAUAGCGCCUCGCUGUAGUUCCCGUAUAUGUAUCACGCCAAGCUAUACAUGAAGGGAAAGGUGCAUAAAAGAGCUACAAUCCACAUGAAUAAAGAUCAAACUCGGAACUCGGCCCUUGCCCAUCUCUGGGAUUCUCGUAUCUCUUUUAGUCUUGGAAUACUUUCAGAUUCAUGACAUGAGAGUCCGAAAGUAAGCCGUAUUGGGCAAUCCUUUGCUUCGUCAUUCACGUCAGAUAAUCAACGUGUCUGAAUCCUUUUUCACGCGUACGAUACAUUUAUGGAUAUAGCUCAAUAUAGUAUUCUUAUCCUGUGUGUGCUAUCGCAAAUAGUGGAUUAUAUCUGAAACUAAUGCAGAGCGCAAGCAUGUCGCUAGCCGCCUAGCAUCGGCUCAUUGAGCUUGCACGCACCGUUCGAUGUUUGCUUUCUACUCAGCUACACACACAGAGUACUGCACUUUGUUGAUACGGGGAUUUCUUGAUACUGCGCAUGCGCCAUGACGUAUUUCAUCAAUAUGCAUGAGUCGUAAUGAAUAUGCAUGAUUCGAACGGUGUUCUAAUAUCAAUUUAUUUUUUAACCCGAGAGGGCGUCAAUAAGAAAGUUCAAACUUUUAUCGUUUAACCGAGAUUUGUUAUAAUAUAUGUUUCACCCCUCAAUAUCAUGAGAAUAUAAAAGUUAUGCAAGUUUCUUUUCCGUGAUAAAAUAGAGCAAUAAUAUAGGUAUUUAAUGAAUGUAAUAAUUUCAAAAUUGAUUCAUUGCCCUUGUCUGAGAUCAACCAAUCAUACACUAUACCUUUAAUAAUCAAAUGUUUUAAUGUUUAUUCUACUUAAAACAUAAUCGAUGGCAGCAGGAGCAAAUGUUGGUCGUGAUGAGGCGUAUACCACCAUCAACAAUGCUGCAAUUGCAGUCACCACCACCACUGCUGCCACCACCAUCAGUGCUACUAAUGCCACCACCACCAAGUCUGCUUCUGCCACUGCCAUCACCAUUGCCACCGCCACUACCAAGACCACUCCUGACACUAAGCCCCCAAGUCCUCAACUGACCAGAUAUUUCAGCUGGAGAAGGAUAGACAAGGAACUUCAAAGCCAGGGCUUGCCGGUCUCCUACAAUAAGAAAAAUGCCAAGGGCCCAUCUAAUGAACUUGUUGCAGAAUAUUUGGCCACAGUUGUAGAAAAGCAGAGACUAACAUGCAGCCACAGGUGAGGCUUUGUCCACAUUUCCAGAAAGACACAAGAUAGUAUCAGAAAGCCAUGCCAAAAUCAACGACUGAAGGGUUCGGAGAGCCAUUCAAAGAGCCUAGAAAUGUGAUAUCACCUGUACUUCAAUCACAUGAACAGCAGCAGGAGCAACAACAACAGCAGCAUAAACAAUUUCUGCAGGAGGUGCAAAAACCACACCGGCAACCUCAACAACAUCAAGAUGUCCAACAACCACUCCGGGAACAUUAACAGCAACCACAACUUCAGCAAGAGUUUCAACAAACACAUCAGCAAAAACCAACAGCAGCAGCAACAACAGCACUUAUGAAAUGAAUUUAAUUAAAACUCAAAAGCCAAUGAGGAAACAUCUUUUACAAAAUGAGACAUCAUUUGUUCAUUCUUUUACAGGAUAAAGGAAAGCUUUUUUGAAAGUGUAAAUUUGCAGGAACGCAAUGUAUGUUCCCUCUGUAUCUAUUUAUUGAAAUAAAUUUGACUUUAAAAAGAA